AAAAGAGCGACAUGCCACAAGACCCAGGUGGGCUGAACAAGCCUAUAUGGACGAGGUGAUGGCGGCCAAUGACUGCAAGCAUAGGAUGGCUGGUUUUGAUUACGUCAUUGUCAUGGAUAUGGACGAGAUUAUCAUCCCUAAGCCGACAAGAAAAAACCUCCAUCCUACUCUUGUGACUGCUUUACAAGAAGCGUCUGUACGCCACCCCAAAGCCUCGGCCUUCAGCAUGGACGCGCAUGUCGUGCCGCCAGACUGGGGAAAGGCGAGGGAAUCUCCCCUCUUC